UCAUGGCAGACAUUUGCAGAAGUCAGGCCUAUUACUAAUAUUAGUAAACUGAAAGAUAAAGAUUUUCUUUUAAAUAUGAGUGGACACAAAAGACUGAAUGAGGCUGAUGAAGACCCUGGCAUACCUCUUGUCGACCGCUCCCGAAAUUCCCCUACAAAAGCAUACACUGGCAGGACUUUCGGCCCAGUACACAUCCCUGUGAGCGGGAGAUCAUUCAGCGCCAGAUUAAAGCGAAGAAAAAAACUGCUGUACCGUCGCAAAAUAAUCGUCAAUAUGGAAUUUUUUCUGGGGAUGACUGGCUUUGUGCUAAUGCUUAUUUUAAUAGAGGUUCACAUUCAAGAGAUUUCUUUCUUCAGUGCCGAUACGAUUUUAACUAUGCAGGUGUUAAUAUCCGUGUCCACGGGACUUCUCCUAUGUGCAGUCUUUAUGUAUCAUAUAACUACAGUUAAACUGAUGAUGACCGAUAAAAAUGUAUUUGAUUAUCGGAUGGUUCUGUCUUAUUCAUUUGUCAUCAAAGUGUGCUUCGAGCUCUUAGUGUGUUCCAUGCACCCGCUGCCUGGAAACCUCACACUGCCCUUUGUAACAAUCCACGGCUACCACGGUCAAGUUACAGUCGAAGCUGUCCUGUCCAUUCUGAUGCUGUUGCGCCUGUACAUAGUGCUCAAGUUCAUCAUCAUUAACAGCCAGUGGAUGCUGAGCACAUCCAUGCAGAGCAUCGGCAACUUGACCAAAGUUGACAUCGACGCGGGAUUCAUCAUGAAGUGUCUCAUGGUGGACCAUCCAGUACUGCUGGUUUUAACCAUCAUGUUGGGAAUCUUCAUCGUCAAUUCUUGGGCCAUGAGAACCUGUGAAUCCUAUUACGUACCGGACAAUGAACAGAGUGGAUUUUUCGGCUCCAUGUGGCUUGUGGCCAUCACUUUCCUCACCGUCGGCUACGGCGAUCUGUCGCCGAACAGUCACUGCGGCCGAUUUAUUGCUACCGUGACGGGAUUAAUGGGAGUUGCCAUCACAGCGUUGCUGGUGACGGUUAUCACAUCCAAAUUCCAGCAGUCCAGAUCUGAACGCUCCCUGCAUACUUUCAUGGCACAGAUGGAACUUCAGAAGAGGCGGAGGACUGUCGCUGCGAACAUCAUCAAACUGUCUAUGGGAGUCUGGUUGUUGAAGUGUCAUGACAGGCUCACUCCUCACCAGGACCUCUUGUUCCACAUAAAACUGAGUCGGGUUGUUAAACAAAUGAGGACGAUUAAUGCAAACCUUUCAAACAUUAUCGAGAACAGCAUUGACAUAGUUGAUGUGGCUGCCACGGCGAUGAAUGUCAGUGACAUGUUGAUGAAACUCCAGUUCAAAGUCGAAGACUCUGAGUUCAGUGAAAGAACACUUGAGUCUCGCGUGAGGAGUAUCAACAGUAAAUUAAAUGCUAUACAGACUAGUGUACGCUGAUUGUUCGAUAGGCCUUUGGUGGUUUCUGUGAUUUGCAACUAGACUUCAGAGAAAGUACACUUGAAUCUUGCAUGAAUAUCGACAAUAAACUAAUGCUAUACAAACUAGUGUACGCUGAUUGUUCGAUAUGCCUUUGGUGCUUUCUGUGAUUUGCAUCUGGAUUUUUAUAGAAAGUAUACUUGAAUCUUGCGUGAGGAGUAUCAACAGUAAAUUAAAUGCUAUACAGACUAGUGUACACCGAUAGUUCGAUCUGCCUUUGGUGGUUUUGUGAUUUGCAACUGGACGUUGAUGGCUAAGAAUUACAAGAAUCUGAGAUCUAGACCAGGCCAAGGUCUGUUGGGUGAUGGAUUGAAAAACUAAUUGCAGUUUUAAAUAAAAAUAACAAUUAUGUUCAAAUGAUUUAUAUGAACCAGCAGGAGCUUCAAUUUGACCUAACAGUAAAGUGAUAAAUUUGCUAAAGGUCAAGAAUCUGAGAUCUAGACCAGGCCACGGUCUGUGCAUGUAUGCAAACAGGAGACAUAGACUUCAUGGUUGGGCGAUGGAUUGAAAAACUAAUUGCAGUUGUAAAUAAAAAUUAUGUUUAAAUGAUUUAUAUGAAACAGCAGGAGCUUCACUUUGACCUAAAGGUCAAAAUGGACCGAAUUCUGCAUAAAUACACAUGCAUGUACAUGUA